AGCCUUUAAAUAUCAGGUUAGCGAGAAUUUCCAUACAAAAGUGAAAAAUUCACAAUACGUUCAUCUUAAAGAGAAAAAAAUGAUUAAGUUAUAUCUGUUGGCAUUUUGUGUUGUGGUAGCUUUGGCUGCUGCAAAACCUCAAGUGCCACCACCUCCACCACCGGGUCCUCUACCACCAGCAGGUCAUCUUCCUCCACUACCAGGUCCUCCACCACCACCAGGUCCUCCAUCACCAGCAGGUCCACCUCCACCCCCAGGUCCAGCACCUCCAUUAGGACCACCUCCACCACCACUAACUGCUCCUAAAGGACCUCUUGUUGGUGCACCACCUCCACCUCAACAAAGACCCCUCACUACUCCUCUUAUCAGUGCACCUCCAGUUGGAUCAAAACCACCUACACAAGGAGCGCCACUACCAUUGUUCUCUUCAACAACAUAAGCAUCCUAGAGAACAACAGCAAAAAUUCAAGAUUACAUACAAGAAGAAGUGCACCAUUAUCACCAGCAGUUUAUACAUAUCUCGCUUGUAUUAACUUGUUGUAAAAUUGCAAUAUGAAUAUGUAAAUUAAAGUUGACUACGUCUCACUUGAAUAAAUUUAAUUGAAAUUCAA